AUGUCUCCUUCCGGUAAAACGUACAGCAUUGCAUCCAUCCCUGCCGAUGGAAUUGGCCCUGAGGUUAUCGAAGCUGGUAUCACCGCUCUGAAUGCCUUGACUUCCACUCUCAAUACUUUCAAUCUCGAAUUCACAAACUAUGACUGGAGUUCUGAAACCUACAAAAAGACUGGCAAGUACAUUCCAGAUGGUGGUCUCGAAGAAUUAAAGAAGCACGAUGCCAUUUUCUUCGGCGCAGUUGGCGCACCUGAUGUCCCUGAUCACAUUUCUCUCUGGGGUCUUCGUCUGGCUAUUUGCCAGCCAUUCCAGCAAUAUGCAAAUGUUCGCCCUACCCGCGUAUUUCGCGGCACUGAGUCGCCAUUGCGAAACUGCAACACAGGAGACUUGGACUGGGUCAUUAUCCGCGAAAACAGCGAGGGUGAAUACGCAGGCCAAGGUGGUCGGUCUCACGUCGGAAAGCCGUGGGAGAUUGCCACCGAGGUAUCAAUCUUCUCUAGACACGGAGUCGAGAGACUUAUGCGUUUUGCCUUUGAAACUGCACAGAAGCGCCCUCGCAAGCUGUUGACUGUUGUCACGAAGAGCAAUGCCCAACGUAACGGAAUGGUUCUCUGGGAUGAAGUGGCCAAGGCGGUGGCUGUGGACUUUCCUGAUGUGACUGUUGACAAGAUGCUUGUUGAUGCGAUGACUACUCGCAUGGUUCUGAAUCCCAAGUCCCUGGAUACCAUUGUUGCUACAAACUUGCAUGCUGAUAUUCUGUCGGAUCUUGCUGCGGCUUUGGCUGGAUCUAUUGGUAUUGCACCCACUUCUAACCUCGACCCGACACGUGAACAUCCUAGCAUGUUCGAGCCGAUUCAUGGAUCUGCGUUUGAUAUCACUGGAAAGGGUAUUUCGAACCCAGUGGCUACGUUCUGGACUGCUGCUGAGAUGCUCGCCUGGCUGGGUGAGGAAGAUGCUUCUAAGAAGCUCCUGGACUGUGUCGAAAAUGUUUGCGAGCAGGGUGUUCUGACCCGUGACUUGGGUGGAAAUGCCACUACUAAGGAGGUUACUGAUGCCGUUGUAGCAGAGAUUAAGAAACUAGCUUCAGCAUAG